AUGGCAGAGCACGAGUUGGCCUCUAUUGGAAAGAGGCUCAUGGUUCAAGUCAUCGAUGAUUUGGCUAAGAAGGAUCCACAGAGGAAAGUUUGUGCUGUGCCUAAGGGCUCUAAGAUCUUCGGAUGGACUUUUGAAGAGGUCAGGGAUGAAAUAGCCUUUAUUGCGCGCAGCUCUGGCACAACCGUGACAGGGAUUCCGAAACCCAUCCAACUAACCUUUGGUUACUUUAGAGCUCUCGAUGCUGGUGCUUAUAUUCCAGUCCCUGAAGGGCGCUUCGCGGGCGUGCCUGAUCGACUCAGCAAAGACGAUGUUCCGUUAUCGACCGAGUUCUUAACUUCCAUACUUAGCGCAACCAAGCUCACAGCGGUACUUCUACCUCCCUGCAACUUGGAAGACAUGACUCUAUCGCAAGCCUCCAUGGAGGCUUGCUGGAACCUGAAGUACGUGUUCUGGGGUGGCUCUUCUCUUUCACCUGAGGUUGGCCGUAAGAUAAGGGAUCACACGUCGCUAUCAGGUUUCAUGGGGAUGACUGAAGCUGGCUUUAUACUCGCGUUAGCUCCUGAAGAGAAGGAAGACUGGGAGUAUUUCGAAUGGUGGCCGACCAACGGAAUUGAAAUGGAACUGGUAGAUGGAAACCUAUAUGAACUUGUCAUACACAGACAUUAUGACCCCUUUCUUCACCCUGUUUUUCACACGUUUCCUGAUUUGAGUGAAUACCAUACGAAGGAUGUCUAUACGCGGCAUCUGACGAAGUCUGAACUCUGGAAACUGCGUGGGCGCCUAGAUGAUGUUGUGUCUCUGAGCAACGGGGAAAAGUUCAAUCCUGUUGCGAUAGAAAAACUCAUUGAGGGGCAUGCCUUAGUUGCACGAGCCGUUGUUGUAGGCAAUGGCAGAUUCCAACCCGCUCUACUUGUUGAGCCCAACUGGAACCAGUGGGGUGAAUCCAGUCCAGCUGGAGAUCUGAUCGCACAUAUCUGGUCUACAGUUCAAGAGGCGAACCGUAUCAACCCAGCCCAUGGACGAAUUAUGGAAAACAAGAUUGGGCUAGCGUCUAAAAUUAAAACAUUCCAGACUACCCCCAAAGGGAGCACACAGCGGCGACUUGUAACGCGCGACUAUGAGAAGGAGAUAGAGGCCAUUUAUACAUACCAGGAUGAUGACACUAUUAGGUAUCAGAUGCCCAAAUCUGCCGAAAUGUCCGGCAUCAAGGAAUUUGUUCGGAAUGUAGUUUCGGACACUCUUGGAUUCUCUUCGUUCUCAAACCAAACGGACUUUUACAAUCUGGGACUAGACUCUUUACAGACAAUGCAACUUAGCUGGAUUCUCCAUCAAUUUAUUUAUGGCAUCGCCAGCAACGCUGAUCAGAGCACGGUAUUGAGGUCUGAAAAUAUCAAUGCUCUGGUACAGAAAUACACGGCUGGUCUUCUAGGGCGCGACCCCGGUACAAGCGAAACAGUAGAUCGGCAUACUGUUAUUCUUACUGGGUCUACUGGUUCUCUUGGGAAUUACCUGCUUCAUACACCGUUGAACCAUAGUACCUUUGCCAAAACAAAGAGUUUCCAAGAAGAAAAAUCGCAGUACGAUUUUAACCAAGAGCGAGUCGAAUUCCUCGUCGCAUCUUUUGGUGAGGUUAGACUUGGUAUCAGUGGUCCUAUGUGCGAUGAGAUGCUUCGGGAAGACUUCAACAUCUCAGUUGAUUCAUUCGAAGAUGUUCAUAUCCGUGGCACUCGUCAUAUUAUAGAAUUCAGCUUGCAAAGCGAACACAAUGCCCAUAUCUAUUUCAUGUCUUCUAUAGGAACCAUUGGAGAGUGGAAGCCCACCCAUGGACCAUCUGUUCCUGAAAUGCCCUUGGAAGAUUGUGAUGUGACUUUGCGUCAGGGGUAUGUGGAAACAAAGCACAUCUGCGAGCGUAACUGUACCACAACGUCCCAAUUGGCAGGUAUACCAACGACCAUAUUACGCUUGGGACAAAUUGCAGGCCCAACAACAGAAAACGGCAUAUGGAAUCGGCAGGAAUGGUUACCACUUGUUGCCACAUCGAAGGCUAUGGGAAAAUCCCUCGAUACUCUGGCUACUGUCAUCACAGAGCUCAUUCAUACACGUAGCACAAUUCGGGCAGACUCCCGCUGUUCUGUAUUCCACUUGGUCAACCCCUUGGCGACUUCAUGGGAGAGCCUUCUGCCCUCAGUUCAGGAACGCUACAACGUCCAACCAGUUGAGGUGUCAGAAUGGGUUAAUGAGUUAGAGAAACUCCUUACUUUUUAUCAGGGGCUAGUAGAAGGCGAAGGAGCAUUAUCAGCUCCGAUUGAGAUGGAAAAGUCAAAGGAAGCAAGCACCACGAUGAAGUCAAUGAAACUGAUUGAAGUUUCUAAUCUUCACAGACACCUUCAAUCAUUACCCACCUUACCUUUACCUAUUCACAGCUUCAUUAUGAUUAACGGACAGCUCAUGCCAUAA